CGGGUUUCUCGGUUGGAGGAAUGGGAAACCAGUUCCAUUAAAGCACAAUUGGACCUCAGUUGAGCCAAACCACACUGAAACAAAUAUACUGCAGGUCAGGAACACCACUUGAACCCACCGAAAUUGAUUCCGAUAUGGUUGGCUCUACUCAGGUUCGGUAAGGUUGAACCACACAGAUGUCCUGCCCAACGUCCCUACUAUUAGCAAUCCUAGCUCCAGGAAACCAACAUUACUAUCUGCUAAGAAAUUGAGAUACUACAAACUAUCAACUGUAAUUUUGGCCAAUAUCUUCCGAAGUAGUUCGUUAGAUAUCAAACACAUGACACCAAACAGGCUUGAGAGCGGCCUGAGCCAAGAGCCAAUGCUAUGUUCCAAGCAGGCCGUGACAAAACAAGAAAGGAAAAAGGUGAUGUCUAUGCAAACAAUGCGUCACGCCGGCAAAUAUAGCCCUCCAAGUCUUCAAUAACGUCGAAGCAUGCUAUGUUCCCAUCGAGGCAACAUCGGAAAGCCGAUUUUUUUUUUUACUUUGUUCCCAAAGCAGUACCUGAGAACAAUGCUCCUUCUGAAAUGGUCAGCUCCCCCAGCUGUGCCGAACAUGGACAGUAGUGUCUUCCUUCUUGUAGCAAUGUCAUUUUCGUUUCGCCUUUCGGCUUCCACCAGUAUAAGUAGCCUCCAUACCCUUCUCAUCUCUACCAGAAAAGAUAUAAGCAAAGAACAUAGCUUCUGAAGAAGAACAGGAAGCUCAAUGGAGAAUUUUGAAGCUCUUGUUCUGUUUUGUCUAGCGUGCAUUGGUGUGUUCAGUACAAACUCAGCUAUAGCUGCUGCUGCAGCUUCACCUCCUGCCAUCUUUAUCUUGGGGGACUCGACGGUAGACGUUGGAACAAACAAUUUCUUGCCUGGAAGCAAUGCCAGGGCAGAUUUUCCUCGCAAUGGGGUUGACUUCCCUUACUCCAGACCAACUGGAAGGUUCAGCAAUGGAUUCAACAGUGCUGACCAGCUCGCUGUAUUGAUGGGACACAGGAGAAGCCCAGACACUUUCUUCCUUCUCAGGAAGGAACCAAGAGGCUUCACCAAGCCUAAGUUCAGAGGUGUCAACUUUGCUUCAGGAGGAUCAGGAAUUCUCGACCUCACAGGACAAACUCCGGUAAAGGGCAGCUUGCCGAUUAGCAGAAAGAAUGUUAUCCCAUUGUCUGAACAAAUACAUCAACUUUCACACGUCUAUGAUAAAAUUAUCAGUGUAAGGAAGCAAAAAGGAACCAGAGAUAUUUUCUCCAAAUCCUUGUUCUUUAUCAGCAUUGGAGGCAAUGACCUCUUUACUCAUUACCAUUCAAAGAGCAAGCAACCAAAGGAGAAGUUCAUAGCUUCUCUGGUCCAAGCAUACGAGAAGCACUUAAGGAACCUACUGAAACUUGGAGCAAGGAAGUUUGGGAUUGCUACCGUUGCACCAAUCGGCUGCUGUCCAUCUCAAAGGCUCUUCAAUCGAACCCUCGGUUGUUUGGAGGAGUUGAACGAUCUUGCGCUGGCUUUCCAUCCCAGAGUUACUCAGCUCAUGUAUAAGCUCAGCUCAGAGUAUCAUGACAUGAAGUUUUCAAUUGGGAAUGCAUUUCUAAUGACCAUCAAUGUCAUCAACCACCCUAAUCGAUUCGGAUUCAAAGAUGGAGGAGGGGCAUGUUGUGGGCAAGGAGCACUGAAUGCCCAAGCACCAUGCACUCCAACUGCUAGUCUUUGCCCUAUUAGGGAUGAUUACUUGUUCUGGGACUUAUUCCAUCCUACACAGAAAGCUGCACAGCUGGCUGCUGUAACACUCUAUUCGGGCCCACCCUUCUUCGUUGCACCAAUCAACUUCAAGCAGUUGGCUGAGGCUUGA